ACAAUGCUUCAGCAUUUUGCUAAUCAUGGAAAUGAAUUUGUUGUAAAUAUGUAUGGAAGUCAGGAACAUCGACAUAAAAUGUUCGCUGUAUUGGAGCUUGGAGGACUAAAUUUGUAUGAUUAUUAUGUUACCUAAUGAAGAAAUAUAUGCUAGUGAAGAUAAAUAUGAGAUUGUUGAAAAUAUUACAAGAGCUGCUGCUAGAGCACUAAAUGGAUUACAUCAAAGUAAAAAUAA